UUGCAAGACCGAGUCUUUCUCUCAAAAUCUCUCUCUCUCUCUCUCCUUCUGUCUAGAGAGAGAAAGUUCCUUAUGGAUAGCUCAGUCCCGCGCUUUCCUGUCACCUACAAGAGUCUCUCAUUGGAUAUUAAGGGGAACAAAACAGAUGUAGUCCUUUGUAGUUAUGAUGAUCAUUUUCUUGUGAUUGCAACUCAAAUAGGAGCCAUGGGGACAAUACUCCAUGCCAGGAAGGAGGAAGGGGUGUCAAUCGAGCCAACAUUCAAUGUGUCUGCAGUAUUUGGCAAACGAGAUGAGCCAAUGCUGCUGGCAUGUGCUCGUCAGUUAAUUCAACACAUCAGCAUCUCAGGCUCCUCCAGGUCAUUGGUGAUCUCUCUUGGACUCAAGGACCAUUCUGCGGAGACACUGAAGGGAGUUGUUUCUGCUGUUAUUGAGAACCGCCUCUGGUAACGUAAUGUAACUGAACUUAAAGCAAUAUGCUUAAAACCUCAGAUGUUGGUUUCAUUCUCCAGGACUCAAGCCUGCUGCAUUUGCAGAUUGAUGGUCACUUUCUAGUUGCAUAUUAAUACUCACUUAACUAGCCUGAAUGCAAAUGUAGUUCAAUAGUUAUCGCUGGGGUACAUGUCAUUAGAUAUGAAUGUUCAACCAUUGCUUAAUGAUUUGUAUCUGAAACCUUAUUUUAAUACAAGGACUGCUUUGAUUUUUA